UUCACUGGAGAAAUCAAAACAGAAAAGUUGGGAGGAGAGAGAGAGAACGUGAGAGGGAGGAAAGCUUAACAGACAAACAAUGAGCGACAGACACCGGGGGAGAAGAGAAGGACAGAAAGACAGAGAGAAUAAACGGGUGGACAGACUGAGUGAGUUGAGGAUUUUCAGAGCCAGUGAGCUGGAAAAGAGAAGUGGACAACCACUGUGCCCCUGAAAAGAGUGCAUGAAGAAGGUAGGGAGGAGGGCUGUGAAGACAGAAGGAGAGAGGGAGGUGAGAUGGAGGGUCUGCAAAAGUUUGAGGGACCGAAAUAUCUCAUGGACCGUGGACAGUUCUGUAACUGUAGUGAGAUUUGAGGAGACCAUAAAGCAUGUACCUGAGGUACAGAGUAGUGUAUGUUUUGGUUUGACCACAUACAGUUCUAGAAAAUGGAGAUACAAUUCUGUGAAAGAGGUGGAAUAUUUUGAACUUUGAAGUUUUAGAAGGACGGAAGAAUUGACGUGUGAGGAGGACGGGAGACGGAGAUUACAAAGCAAAAAGUCACUUGGAGGAAAAAAAUGAGACAAUAUUUUUUACACAUUAACACAAUCCUCCAUCUGCUGUAAUAUUGCAGACACUGCAUUUGGACAGAAGGAGAGAGAGAGAAAGAAGGAGAGGGAGAGAAGGGACGCACCAAAAAAGGGCUGGAGUUAGAGUCGGAGUAACUGCAUGCUUAACAGACACUGUAGAGUCACGGGGAGAGAAGAAUAAGGGGGCAGAGAGACAGAGACAGACACAGACAGACAGAGACAGACAGACGGACAGACGGACAGACGGACAGACGGACAGACGGACAGACGGACAGACAGAUAGACAAAGUGACAGACAAAGUGACAGCCCCCAGCAGUCACACACAAGGACUGACAGAUGACAGGGGAGUUGCAAAGGGCACAGAGCAAGGAUAGCCGGAUUGAGAGAGAGAGAGGGAGGGAGAAAGAGAGAGUGACAGAGACAGGGAGGAAGAGAGAGAGCGGGGAGGCACUGUAAACUACAGGAAGCACCGGUGUGAAACAAACAGGGGACAGUGGCUAGAAGAGCUCCACUCCAGAACCAGCCACCAGUCUCCAUGGACUCCAGGGAGUCGCAGCACCGCUGAACCCAGGCCCUCCUCUGCUGAACAGCAUGUCGGCGGGCCCGGGACCUCGUAACUCAGACCUACUGCUGUUGGAACUACAGGCCCCAGGGCCGGUUGGACUGCAGACACUGUUGGACCUGCUAGUGGGGGUGUACCAAGAGUUCCACUCGUUACCCCUUGCCAGGGAGAAGUACGUCUCAAGCUUCCUACAAUGGGCGGAGCCCCUGGUGAGGCAGGUGAAGAAGACACGCAUCAAGAGGGAUGACUUCCACAUCUUGAAGGUGAUUGGUCGAGGGACCUUCAGUGAGGUGGCUGUGGCGAGGAUGCGUAGCACACAGCAAGUGUACGCGCUGAAGAUUAUGAAUAAGUGGGACAUGCUGAAGCGAGGAGAGACAGCUUGUUACCAGGAGGAGAGAGAAGUUCUGCUGAAGGGUGAUCGAAGGUGGAUCACAGAGCUGCACUAUGCCUUCCAGGACGACAAUUACCUGUACCUGGUGAUGGACUACUACGUGGGUGGUGACCUGUUGACCCUGCUCAGUAAGUUUGGCGACCGUAUCCCUGAGGACAUGGCCCAGUUCUACUUGGCUGAGAUGGUCAUGGCGAUCGACUCCAUCCACAGGAUGGGCUAUGUGCACAGGGACAUCAAACCUGACAACAUCAUGCUGACGGCGGAGGGCCAUGUCAGGCUGGGGGACUUUGGUUCCUGUCUGAGGGUCCAGGAGGAUGGCAUGGUGUACUCUUCCCUGGCGGUGGGCACACCCGACUACCUGUCCCCAGAGAUCCUGCGUGCGGUGGAGGGAGGGGGAGGCUACGGCCCUGAGUGUGACUGGUGGGCCCUGGGGGUCUGUGCCUACGAGAUGCUGCAGGGGACCACACCCUUCUACGCAGACUCCAUCUCUGAGACCUACGCCAAGAUCAUGAACUUCCAGGAGCACUUUGAGUUCCCCCCGUCUGGCCCCGAGGUUUCAGAUGAGGCCCGUUCCCUCAUCAUGGGGCUAAUCUGUGAGAGGGAGGAUCGUAUGGGGGCCAGGGGUUCUGGGGACUUCAGGGCCCACCCCUUCUUCUGUGGACUAGACUGGGGCUCCCUGCAUCAACUUCCAGCACCCUUCCAACCUGAAGUCUCCAACGCCACUGACACCUCCAACUUUGAUGUGUUGGAUGACUGCCUCAGUGAAAUGGAAACACUGAGUGAUGUUAUGGACAAGGCCCCUAUCGGAGUUCACCUGGCUUUCGUUGGCUACUCCUACACAGCUACAAGACAGACAGGUGCCUUGGAUCGCAGUCGUGACAUCAUGAUGGAGAUUGACCACCAGCGACACCUUGGGUUGCCAAGCUUCAAUUUCCAGGAUAAGCUUAGUCAGAUGUGGCAGCUCAGAGAUGUCCUGACCACGCCUGACAACCUGCCUGCCCUGCUUGAGCUCCCCCUAGCCUUGGAGCAGGGUACUGCAGAGUCGACUCACACCACAACAGAGGAGGAAGAGGAGGAGAACGACCAGAAUUCAGUACUUGAUGAGGAUCUGCAUAGGCGGCUGCAAGAGGCAGAGAAGAGGAAUGGAGAGCUGGAGAAAGAGAUGGAGAGACUGAGAGGGGAGAUCCAGGGCCUGAAGUCCCCCAAGGAGACAGAACUGCGUGUCUGCCCGUCGUCUCUUUCUCUGCCUGCACACUGUCUGGACGAUGGGAAGAAAUCUCCCCCUGCCUGUCACUACCCGCUGGUGAUCCCUCUCCACCGCCACCUGCUGCUGUUUCACAGGAUGCGCUGGCCACAGGAGAGGAGUGAGUCCUACUUGUUGGUGUGUGCGGAGGGGGGAGAUCUCCAAGCCUGGGACAGACACUGCUGUACUGAGAUCUCCUGACCCCCCCCCCCCCACCCCCCCCCACCCCUCUUGGUUUAGCUACCUCCCCUCUUGGGAUCGAGGGGCGACCCAGAUGUGUCACCCUCUACGCUACAGCUGCUCCCUUCCCCCAAACACCCCCUCGGCUAACAGGACAGGAGCACCACAUGGCUGGAGGGAUGAAGGGUGGGAAUGAAAUGGGCUUAACGUGAAGUGGACAGAACACACUGGAGAGGCAGCAGCAUGAUGCCGCUCUGCAUCCACCACAGAGUCCUAUUACAGUACCUCUGAAGGAGAGAGUUUUGAGCUAGUAUGGUGGACGGGCGUUAAGGCGAAUGCUAUACUCAUUGCACUUGUCCCAUAUAUAGAAUUAAGAGUGAGCAGAGUGCUGGGCAUGAAUGGGGUAACGGGGAACAUGGAGCAGUGGGAUAACCAUAGGAAAGCUAAGGACUGUCACUAGCUUAAAAUGAAUGGGGAGGUAUAGAAAAUGGAAAUUAAGGACAUCUCCUCCUGGACUACUAAUAGAUGCCUGUUGCUUUCCGAGUGUCGCUAUGUGGGCACUUAUAUCUCUGAGCGGACUGAGGUAAAAGCAAGCUCUGACAACAAGAGGACACCACAGCAAAGAGACAUUGCUGGUUUAAGUGACAGCCAGAGGGGAAAAUCAGUCCACUCCAUAAGCACACACUCUCCAGCACACCUGGACAUUAUUGAUGCAUUUUGUCCAAUAUUAAUGUGGUACAAAUGUUCAGUCAUUAAUUUUUAACAGCAUCAUCUAGUGGUUUACUUUGUAUAUAUACAUGUAAGAGUGGAUUGUGUUGAAUGUGAGAGGUAUUCGUUGCACUACAGGCUUUGAUGAAAGCAUGCUAUUAGAUGGGCCUGUUUGGAAUACAUAGAUAACAUCUACAGAACAAUACCAAGCAAAUGUUGACUGAAGGCUAAGGACAGAGAGAUCGGAGGUUGGUGUGUUUUACGAUUUCUGGGAUUGCAAGGUUACACUUUAAGGUUGCACUUAGCUCAGGUCCAGGGCUUGCUGAUGCUGAGCCUUCCUACAUCAAGGCUGUGUAGGUUGCCUUGAACCAGUGCUAGGAUAGAUAAUGUACAGUUGAAGUCGGAAGUUUACAUACACCUUAGCCAAACAUUUAAUCCUAGUAAAAAGUCACUGUCUUAGGUCAGUUAGGAUCACCACUUUAUUUUAAUUAAGAAUGUGAAAUGUCAGAA